GUCGCUGGAUCCUCCACGGUUUUCCCGGUUGCAAAUGCAUGGGCAAAUGGCGUCCAGAACGCCAGCAACUUUGCGAUCACCAUCGAAGGUGGCGGCUCCAGCUCUGGUGCGCGGCGUGUGUGCAAGGAUCGUGCGGAUCCUGACCACGUUGACAUCGGCGACAUGUCCCGCAAUUGGAAGAAUAGCGAGGCGCUCUUGCUGGACGAUGGCUACACGUGGGAGUGCAGCAUUUCGAAGAUCCGCGUGACGCAGCUCCAAGUCGGGACCGAUGGCUUGGCCGUGGCGGUUACGAAGGGCGGCCGGGCGCACGACUGCUUGACGUCGGCGGAGGUGGGCGGUCUGACGUUGGCCAUGCUCCACUGGAUGUUCACCGACUGGAGCAACGAGCAGCUGGAGAGCUACGGCGUGGAUUUGGCCUCCGUGAUCCCGAACGACGACGGGGACGGCAUCAAGGAGUGGAGCGACCUGUCUUGGGCGUGCCCAGAGGUGCCGAUCAACACCUACGGUCCAGGCUCCGAUUCCGGGACCUACGACUUCUUCGGAGAGGCCACGCUCUGCGAGGACUGCUUCGCGGGGGAGGACGGCUACGACCCCGAAGGCUUCCCGUACUGCCCCUCGGACAAGCACAGCGCCCUGGAGCAGCUGGCCACGGAGCAGGACGUCGCCGCCUUCAUCCAGAGCCAGAGGCCUUUGAACUGCUACAUGCACUCGGAGUCUGACUAUCAGCUCUUGCAGUGGCUGUCGGCAGAUACCGGCGGCAUUGUCUAUUUCGGCUAUAGUUACUUUGCCCAGUAUGCCAAUCUGCUGACGGUGGCGCGAAUUGCCAACGACAAGUACAAAGGCGUCAAGGAUACGGCCGAUGCGAGGGUCGAACCUUCGACCUACACCAUAACUGACGGGUCGUACAGCGUCUAUAAGCGGCGCCUCUUUAUGAACGUCGACAACGAGGCCUGGGACCGGGUCCACCCUUUCCUGAGCUUCGGCUUCAGUUCUGCGGGUCAGUCCAUGGUGGCUUCCGUCGGCUACGUCGCGGUGAACACCGCCUUGCUGUCCAAGAUGAAGAUUCGGAUCGAGGAGCGUGGGAACGAAGAGGCGGACUACGUGUCCGUAGCUCCCUCGAGCUGUCCUGUGGGAGCUGAGCUGAGUGUGGUCCCCUACAUCAACCAGUUCGGAAACCCGAAGGUGAACUACACCUGCAGCCUCUGCUCUCUCGGGAGCUUCAAGUCUCUGGACACCCCCACAGCUUGCACGAGCUGCGAGCCGGGCCGCUACACGGACCAGGUGGGGCAGAGUACCUGCAGCCUUUGUGACCCUGGCUAUGAAGCCUUGAACGGCACUAGCUGCCGUGCCUGCGGGGUCGGGUUCUACAAGAGGGAGGCGGCCGCGGCCUCCUGCUCGCCCUGCGGAGCUGGCACCUUCAACAACAGGACAGCGCAGGCGGAGUGCGCCUUCUGCGGCCCGGGGUACUUUGCGCCCGAGGGCUCCACGAAGUGCUCUGCUUGCCCCUUGAACGAAGUCGCUCCCGCCCCCGGCUCCGCGAGCUGCAAUCGCUGCGGCGACGGCUUCACCACGACGCAGGUGGGAUCCACGGCGUGCAGUCGCUGCCGGGCUGGCACCUUCCGCUCCAACGAAACGCAGUGCGUUCACUGCGCUGGUGACAAGACCACGGCAUUCCAGGGUGCCGUGCUCAAGAGCGAUUGCAUCUGCCCAGCCGGGAAGUACUUGCGAGACGGGCUGACAGGAGACAGUAUGGAAGCAAUGUCCAGCGGCACCUGCGUUGAAUGUUCCGAUGGCAUGGACUGCCCUCUGGGCAGCGAUCUCCGCAUCUGGGCGAGCUUCCUCGCUGGUGCGGAGAUGGAGCCGGAGGACCAGCUGUUCCCUCUGCUCCAACCGGGGUAUUACUCCACUCCGGAGGAGCCGAUGCAGGCGUACAAGUGUGGCGCUCCUUCGCACUGCCCGGGUGGGCGGCCGGGCACCUGCGCCGCGGGACGGGUUGGGAUCCCUUGCAGCUGCUGCGAGGCCGGCAGCAAGUUCGAGGAUGGCCAAUGCACUCCUUGUGGCGCCUCUGACAGCCUACUCUUUAUCGUGGGUGCGGUUGUCAUGGCCUUUGCAAUCCCGACGUUCUACUACGUUAUGAACUCCCCGAUGACAUCGAAGGCCUCGACAACGCUGAGCACGACGAUGGCCUUUGGCAUGACGCUGACCCUGCUGCAGACGGUCGGUCUCGUCGGCCUGGUCUCCCUGAGUUGGCCCUCCUACAUGAAGCCUUUCCUCGACUUCGUGUCGAUCUUCAUGCUGGAUCUUGAGAGCCUGAACUUCGACUGCGUGGGCAUGGCCUCCGCGGCGCGAUACGGGAUCAGUGUCAUGGUUUGGCCGGCAGUAUUGACUUGGCUUGUGGUCUGUGGCCUUCUGUCGAAGCUGGGGCCAGGGAAGAUGCACUUCGUGGGAGGCAAGGCCCUGAGCACUUUGGGCCAACUCUUCCAGAUUGGCUUCACGAUUAUCGCGAAGACUUCGCUGAUGCCGUUCAUGUGCUACUCUCAUCCGAACGGGAAGAGCAGCGUUCUUCGAUUCAGCGACGUGAUCUGCUGGGAGGAGCAAUCGGGUCAUACAGACAUGGUCAUCUUUGGCAUCUUCAUGACCACGAUGAUGAUCCUCUACUGGAGCAUUUUGGUGUGGGUCACCGUCGAAGCACCGAAGAGGUCCGCCAAUGGCGACCAAGGCUUCCUGAUGGCCACACGCUUCCUGUUCUUCCGCUUCAGGACAGACUACUGGUGGUACGGAACCUGGUUCAUUCUGAGAGGUCCGCUCCUAUCGCUGCCGGUGGUCAUCUUCACAGAUUUGCCUCAGGUGCAGCUCUUCGUGAUGACGGCUGUGCUGGUCACUUACAUGGUCAUGCAGCUCACGACAUGGCCCUGGAAGACACCGCUGAUCAACUUGGCUGACGGGGCCAUGAGCAUGAUGUUCAUCCUGCUGCUUGCCGUCGGGGGAUCCUUCCUGGACAGCUUGGAGGGGGAGGCGAGGGCGGCCGCUUCCAGUCUCGCCGUGGCAGUCCUGGGCAUUCUCUACUCCAUUGCCUUUGUCCUCCUGUGCCUGGUGGCCGUUGCGCUGGUCCAUAAGACCGCCAUGGGCUCUGCCAGCGAGCUUCCGAUUCUGACCCUGGGUCGUGCUCCGAGCAACACGGAGCUGCGGCAGGCCCUGGACUCCUUGCACACUGCCUACGAGGAGGCCGGCGAUGAAAUCAUCGAGGCGGCUAUCGAGGACCUGAGUGUCUACGACAGGCGGAUGCUCGCGACGGUUCUGACUACCCUGGCACCCUACUUUUCGAAUGACAGGCUCCGGCUGAUGAGGCGUCUCAGCGUCUCUGUCACCACCUCUCAGUCGGCGCUGUCGGGUGGGAAGAGCCCGACCGCCGCGGACCUGCCUUCCCAGGCCGAGGUGCGGAAGCUCCUCCAGGAGCUCGAGGCCGAGGAGGUGAGCUCCGGAAGUGCCCGGAAGACCGAAACUGCCGAGAGCGAUCCGGCGGCUGCAGAGACUUUCACGAGUCCCGCACCACCGAACCGGUCUCUGGAAGUAGCGAACAAGCGCUUCCAUGAGAAGAUGCAGUCUGCCAGUGUUUAG